GGACUCGUCUGUCGUCCUCGCUAUGCACGCUCGGUUCAAGCAAGCAAUACAUUUCAUGACAGGCAGCAGGUCGUGAUGGCGGCGGCGGAGUGCUUCCGCUAGCUGGGUUUGAUUUGCAGACGGGAUCAUGGACUGCGAGUGAUGCCCGCUGCUGCCGAUGGGUUGUCUCUUGCAGCGGACACAGUGACCUGACCUGACGCGCUGGGUAUUGUUGCAGUCUCUGGAAGACGUGAGAAGCAGUCGAAAGAGAGUGACGUGAUUUUGAUGAACUGUGGAGCGUCGGGAUCGGCACGACCUAUUGGGUCAAGACUAUCCACCUCACCGCUUUCAGUCGUGUUUGCAACGCUAUUGAUUCAUUCAUGCACAGAUUUACAUUGAAAUAGUAAUUAAAUUAACUCCAGGAGCUCUGACUUCUACACGCCUUCGCUCUUCAGCGCCGAAAGCAGCUUUUCCAUCGAUAGGUACUCCUAAUGCAUCAACAUCUGUAGUUGGUUUAGCCGUUAGCUCUUACGUAGCAUCGGCACAUCUAGGAGUCUACCCGGAUGCGUAUUUAUCUGCAGCGGCAGCGACGAUCUUCCGGAGCAGGGGGGUCUCCAUCCAGAGGGGUUCGAACGAUAGUUAAAGGUAUAGCCUAUAGGAUAUGAGGAGGACAUUUUGUUCCGGAGAGUAUGUUCCGACACGUCAUCGGAUAGAAAUGCAACACGACGUCGAGUAGAUGACGACGCUUGUAUGGCAGACGCGACGCGGGAGGCAUGCUGCUUAUCACUUUGUUUGGUUCAAUAAUAGAAGUAUAAGCUGUGUUUGUCUAUACCUUGCACGAGGGAUUGGGGGGGGGGGGGGGGGGGGGGGGGGGGGGGUGGGCGUGAGAAUGCCAAGUUACCAGCAUGCAUUGGGUAGCUGCGCACGAUCUCUUCACGAUGCAAGAUUCCGUUGAGUCGUCGUUGGCAUCUCCUCUGAGCAGAGCGGGAACUCUAUGUCCCGCCUUGCCCCGCCUUAUUUCCCUUGUGGGGUGCCGCGUUGUGUGUAAACGGGGCCUAUGGUGGUGGAGGAAGGGGAUUGCGUCUCUCGCGGCUGCUCGAAGUACUGUGAGUGGAGAAAGAUUUCUCUCCUCGCUAUCGAAGACGAAAAGGCUGCGCGAAAAGUGACAGAUAGGUUCUCCAUUCUGCAGUCAUUUACGAAUGAUGAGCAGAUCAAUGACUAAUUGAUUAUUAAUCAUACGUGUUCGAGAGAGAGAGAGAGAGAGAGAGAGAGAGAGAGGUUCAGGAGUUUCCGGAAUUUCAGUCUCUCGUAAAAGUUUGAUAGAGAUGAUGUGUGUGACGUGCGAUGUCACCCAUCUAGCUGCAGCUCAAUUUUUAAACAACAGUGUGUGACGUGCGAUGUCACCCCUCUCAAGCUCAAUUUUUAAAAGCAGUGUGUGACGUGCGAUGUCACCCCUCUAGCUUCUGCUCAAUUUUAAACAACAGUGUCUCUGUUAAGGAGUUUCAGGAAUUUCAGUCAGUCGAUUAAUUUUUAACAGAGGUGGAGAACGACGAUAAUUAUAAUUGAUGGUCAAUCGGUGGUUAAUUGAUGUUUUAUGGAUGGUUUAUGGAUAUGCUUCAUUGAUGGUUCAUUCAUCGUUUGGUUCAUUGAUGGUUCAUUGAUGGUUCAUUGAUCGUUCAUUGAUCGUUCAUUGAUGGUGGAACUUUGGCUAGACUGGUGAUGGUUCAUUGAUGGUUCAUUGAUCGUUCAUUGAUCGUUCAUUGAUGGUGGAACUUUGGCUAGACUGGUAGAGCUUGCAGAUGAUAGCCCCUCUCAUCUGACGUGGCUGCACUUAUUGAUUUUUGGGGGGAUGGUUUAUGGAUAUGCUUCAUUGAUGGUUCAUUCAUCGUUUGGUUUAUUGAUGGUUCAUUGAUGAUUCAUUGAUGAUUCAUUGAUCAUUCAUUGAUGGUGGAACUUUGGCUAGACUGGUAGAGCUUGCAGAUGAUAGCCCCUCUCAUCUGACGUGGCUGCACUUAUCGAUUUUUGGCCUUGCAUUCAAGGCUCUCUUUCUUUACUUACCCCUUCGAGAUCCGCUUCGUAACUGUAGGUUUGGGAACGGUAGGUGCUCUCUCUCGCUUACAUGGUUCAUAACUUGAGAUGGUGUUCAGAAUCACGACUAACUGAACUUGGCUUUUGAUGCCUUCAAGUGGGGAAGAAGAGAGGUAGAAACGUUCAACACUCUUCUUGAACGUUGAAAUUCGUGUUCAGUUUCCUUUCAUCUCGUCCGAGGAGUAGGAAAGGAGUUAUUUCUCUAUGAAAACCGUUUUUUUUAACUUUCAUUUUCGUAUUGUUCUGUCGUUAUUGUUGAACGUGACGUUUCGCUGAUCUACCCCUGUUUUUUUUUUUUUUUUUUCCGCCAUUUCUCGAUUCAUGCGUGUCAUCCUUGUGCAAGCAAGGGUCAUGCAAACAAACCUUCUCUGUAGAAAACCAAUUUCAACGGAUUUCACUGCCCUCUGUUUUUGUGCAUGCAGAUGGGGAUACACGCAGUUUCGCGACGUUUUUUCUACGGUGUUGGUGGCUUUGGAUCGAAAUAGGUUUUUUUUUUUGUUUUUUUUUUUUUUUUUUUAAAUCUCUUUUUGUUCUCCAGUACAAAGUACUGUGAACGAAGAUGCUGAAGUACCUGGACAUACGUGCAUGCCACUGCAUGGCAUUGCAUGCAAAUGAACGAAGAUGCAGAAG